UUGGAGUGUCUCUUCAAGGGAGGUUCGGCCCCUGGGACGAAAAGACACCUUCCGGGAGCUCACGUCCACGAAGAGAUGGCAUCGGACAUACCCGGCUCGGUGACGUUGCCUGUGGCACCGAUGGCUGCAGGGCAGGUGCGCAUGGCCGGAUCCAUGCCUGCUCGAGGAGGAAAGAGACGGUCAGGAAUGGACUUUGAUGACGAAGAUGGGGAAGGGCCCAGCAAAUUUUCAAGGGAGAACCAUAGUGAGAUCGAGAGACGCCGGAGGAACAAGAUGACGCAGUACAUCACCGAGCUCUCUGACAUGGUGCCCACCUGCAGCGCCUUGGCGCGCAAACCUGACAAGCUGACCAUCCUGCGCAUGGCAGUGUCCCACAUGAAGUCCAUGCGGGGCACGGGGAACAAAUCCACCGACGGAGCCUAUAAGCCUUCUUUCCUAACAGAACAGGAACUGAAGCACCUUAUCUUGGAAGCAGCCGAUGGUUUUCUCUUUGUGGUUGCCGCUGAGACCGGCCGCGUGAUCUACGUGUCGGAUUCCGUCACCCCUGUCCUGAACCAGCCCCAGUCCGAAUGGUUUGGCAGCACCCUCUACGACCAGGUUCAUCCGGAUGACGUUGAGAAGCUGAGGGAGCAGCUGUGCACCUCUGAAAACUCCAUGACCGGAAGGAUUCUGGAUCUGAAGACAGGGACAGUGAAGAAGGAAGGUCAACAAUCAUCCAUGAGGAUGUGUAUGGGGUCGAGGCGCUCAUUCAUCUGCAGAAUGCGGUGUGGAAACGCUCCUUUAGAUCACUUACCCCUGAACAGGAUCACGACGAUGCGGAAAAGGUACAGGAACGGCCUUGGACCCGUCAAAGAAGGAGAAGCCCAAUAUGCUGUGGUCCAUUGCACUGGUUAUAUCAAAGCGUGGCCUCCGGCAGGUAAAAUAGGAAUAACUAUACCGGAAGAAGAUGCCGAGGUGGGGCAAGGUAGCAAAUAUUGUCUGGUGGCAAUUGGGAGGCUGCAGGUAACCAGCUCUCCCGUCUGCAUGGACAUGAACGGCAUGUCUGUCCCCACGGAGUUCUUAUCCAGACACAACUCUGAUGGGAUCAUCACCUUUGUGGACCCGAGAUGCAUCAGCGUGAUCGGCUACCAACCCCAGGAUCUUUUGGGAAAAGACAUUUUGGAAUUUUGCCAUCCAGAAGAUCAAAGCCAUUUGAGAGAAAGCUUCCAACAGGUUGUGAAGCUGAAAGGCCAGGUGUUGUCUGUGAUGUAUCGCUUUCGGAUCAAAAACCGGGAGUGGAUGUUGAUCAGGACCAGCAGCUUCACCUUUCAGAACCCGUAUUCCGACGAGAUCGAGUAUAUCAUCUGCACCAACACGAAUGUAAAACAACUUCAGCAACAACAAGCUGAGCUUGAAGUGCACCAGAGGGAUGGGCUGUCAUCAUAUGACUUAUCUCAGGUCCCUGUUCCAAGUAUACAAUCUAACGUCCACGAGGGUGGGAAGGCAGUGGAGAAGCCUGACGCCAUUUUCUCUCAAGAGAGAGAUCCAAGGUUUGCCGAGAUGUUUGCAGGCAUCACUACGUCAGCAGAUAAAAAGAUGAUGUCUUCAGCAUCCACAGCUGGAAACCAGCAGAUCUAUUCACAAGGAAGCCCCUUCCAACCAGGACAUUCAGGAAAAUCUUUCAGUUCAUCUGUGGUCCAUGUGCCUGGAGUCAAUGACAUCCAGUCCUCAUCCUCAACGGGCCAAAACCUGACUCAGAUCUCCCGCCAGCUCAGCCAGAACCAAGUCGGCUGGACAGGAAGCCGUCCUCCAUUUCCUGGACAGCAAAUUCCGUCCCAGUCUGGGAAGACGCAGUCUUCUCCCUUUGCCAUCGGAACCAGCCAUUCUUACCCCACCGACCCGGCCUCCUACAGCCCCCUGGCAAGCCCCACCACCUCUUCUCCCAGCGGGAAUGCUUAUUCCAGCCUUGCGAACCGGACAUCAGGAUUCGCCGAGAGCAGCCAAAGCAGUGGGCAGUUUCAAGGGAGGCCUUCCGAGGUCUGGUCUCAGUGGCAAAGCCAGCAUCAUAACCAGCAGAACAGCGAGCAGCACCCACACCAGCAAACGAGCCAGACGGAGGUGUUCCAGGACAUGCUCCCCAUUCCAGGAGAUCCGACCCAAGGGACUGGCAAUUACAACAUUGAGGAUUUUGCAGAUCUGGGCAUGUUUCCUCCAUUUUCUGAGUAAAUUUAUCUAGGCAGAUAACCUCGGGAAUUAUGUCCAGGGAGAAGAGCGGGAAGAGACCCACCCAGACAUAGUUUGGACUCUGCUUGUUCUGUUUUAACUUAUCGUAGCUGCUCUUAAACGUGCCGUCUCCAUUCUCAUCUUUCAGAUAAUAACUUGGCUGUCCUUCCAGAUGUGGGCCAUGGAGGUUCUGAGGAAAUAACGAAGGCCCGCUCCCCUUUGGGGUUCCAGUUAGGGUUCAUUGCGUCAUCUCAUUUCCAUUUUGUGUAGAAGGUGGGGGGUUUGAUUUUUGUGUAGAGGGAACGGCGCUUUGAUUGUAAACUUUCUCUUAACUUUUGAAUGUGAACCAUUCCGUAACUUUCCCUUUUAGAGAAAGUUGUUUGUGUAAAUAGAUAAUGUGAUAAGAA